UAGACCUGGAGAUAUAAAAGCAGAGCACAGGCAGCAGACGUCACAAAGCCAAGAAGAAGAAAGACACAGAAGAAAGAAGCGGCUGAACAGAGAUCGGCCGUGGCCACCUGGGACAUCUGUGACAACAGAGACCCUCCGCAGAAAUGAACGCCAGCCCCCCCGCAGGAAGUGUCCUGGCCCCACUGGGAACAAUUGGCCCCACCACACCUAAGAAGGGCCCACCCAAGUUCAAGCAGAGGCAGACCCGCACAUUCAAGAGCAAGGCCCCCAAGCCCGGCCAGAAAGGCCUUGGUGACGACAUCCCUGGCAUGGAGGGUCUUGGCACCGACAUCACAGUGGUGUGCCCAUGGGAAGCCUUUGGCGACAUGGAGCUCAGCGACUUGGCCAAAUACGGCAUCAUUUAAAGCUGCUGCCUCCGGCCUUCCUCUCCUGCCUGAACCUCUCCUCUGUCCAAUCUCCUCUGCCCUGCCUUCUCUCCGUUUCAGCUUGGCACACCGGGAUAAGGC